AUGGCAUCGCGACGAAGACCGGUUGGUGUCGGUGCUGUGCAACAAAAGAAAGAAUUGCAAGCGAAAUUUCAAGUGAAAGGUUCGGAAUUAGCAAGCGAACAAUUAAAUCAAUUUGCGCACGAAUUAUCAAUAUUUCAAGCAAAACUCGAAGAAUUCUCGCAUCGACAUCGUGAUGAAAUUAAACGAAAUUCACAGUUUCGACGAUACUUUCAAGAAAUGUGCUCAUCAGUUGGAGUCGAUCCUCUUGCUUCUAGUAAAGGCUUUUGGGCCGAGAAAUUGGGAAUUGGCGAUUUUUAUUACGAGUUAGCUGUUCAAGUCGUUGAAGUUUGUAUGUCAACUAGUCACAUUAAUGGUGGAGUAAUGACUGUCGAAGAACUUAGAAAUCGGCUGAUUAGAUCACGUGCACGAUCUCGACGUGACAAUAUCACAAAUGACGAUAUUAUCAGAGCCGUUGAUAAAUUGAAGGUACUUGGCAAUGGAUUUGAACUAAUUGCUUUGGGUAGCGGUCGAUUUUUGAUUCAGAGUGUACCUGGUGAACUAAGUAUGGACGAUUCGAGAGUUUUACAACUAGCUGAAGAUGCUGCUUAUGUUACUAAAGAAUUAAUAAUGGAUCGUUUGCGUUGGGAUGAACGAAGAACACAGCUUGUGCUUGAACAUCUUGUCAAAGAAGGUAUUGCUUGGGUAGACAGUCAACCAACAGAUACUAUUCAGUAUUGGAUUCCCAGUUUAUUCCUUCAACAAUAUUGUCAUUCAAGUAGUUCAACAAGUGUUUCAGAUAGUAUAGCAUCCGUAGCAAUUUAUUAA